AUGUCUAACACUGCACUUCCGAAAAGUACAUCAGAUCAAGAGGUCACCGGCUCAGCAUUCCUUCUAUUUACCGAAGACAAACUUGCUCGUCCUUACAAUCUUCCUGGUGGUCCAGGAAUUGCCACCACGCGGCAACAUGCAUCAACAUUAUCUAUUAGCAAUGCCAUCGCCUCGAAAAACCUGUUGUCUAAGGGCGAAGAGCAA